CAGUGUGCUGAAGGAUACUAUGAUUUCCCAUUGUGUGUCCGAAUUCCUAUUUAUACUUUUACUACUCCAAUUCCAGAAGAUCCUUUGGCUGGACAUAUAAUAGGUGGCUGUAAACCAGGAUUUUUUGGCCCUCAGUGUCAGCCUUGCCAGUGCUAUGGCUCAGGAGUUUUGGAUGGUGACUGUGAUGGAAAGACUGGACAGUGCAGAUGCCGGGCUGGAUUUCAGGGAUUUUCCUGUGAUACUUGUGCAGUGGGGUAUUUUCAUUACCCUGUCUGCCAGAUGUGUGAGUGUAAUUCAGCUGGUGUCCUUCCUGAAAUCUGCAAUUCUCUUGGGAAGUGUCUUUGCCGUUUUGAGGUGGGUGGUCCUCAAUGUGACAACUGUCAUCCUGGCUACCAUUCUUUUCCCACCUGUCAAGAGUGUAGCUGCAAUGCACUUGGCUCAGUGGACAAUGGAUGUGGUCCUAGAGGUCAGUGCCAGUGCCAUCCCAACUAUGCUGGUCUUAGAUGCGACCAAUGUGCUCCGGGCUAUUACAGUUACCCCAGUUGCUUACGAGCCAGCAGUGACUGUGACCCUACAGGGCUACUGUCAGUGCUUGCAGCAUGUUGAAGGUCCUUCCUGCACCAGAUGCAAACCACUUUACUGGAAUCUAGCCAGACAAAACCCUGAUGGAUGUAUAGGGUGCCAUUGUGAUGUGACUGGAACACUAAGUGGAGUUGGAGAGUGUCGACAGGAGGAUGGUCAGUGUUAUUGCAAGCCUAAUGUUUGUAGUGAUUCUUGUGAUACUUGUGAAGCUGGCUAUUAUGCUCUGGAAAACAGGAAUUAUUUUGGAUGUCAAGGCUGCCAGUGUGAUGUUGGAGGCUCUGUCAGUCCUAUGUGCAGUGAGCCAUCGGGUGCUUGCCAGUGCAGAAAGCACAUAGUGGGGCUGGCCUGUCAAGAGCCUGAAAAGAAUUACUUUUUCCCUGAUCUACACCACAUGAAGUUUGAGAUUGAAGAUGGUACCACUCUUAAUGGAAGAGGAAUUCGGUUUGGUUAUGACCCUCAGGAAUUUCCCAACUUCAGCUGGAGAGGUUAUGCAUGGAUGUCUUCUAUACAACCAGAGGUGGUUGUACCUGUCACUGUGACUUCCCCUAAGCUCUUCCAUCUAGUACUCCGUUAUGUCAGCCGGGGUUCAAAAAGCUCUAAAGGGAGGAUCUCAGUUGCUGAGGGAAAACAUUUUGACACUAAUUAUACUUGGGCAACACAGAGCAAAGAGAUUGUUUUCCCACCCAGCAAGGAGCCAGCUUUUGUCUCUGUCCCAGGAAACAGCUUUGCAGAAACAUUCUCACUUAUUCCGGGAACGUGGAUUGUCAAUAUCAUGGCAGAGGGAGUCCUGCUGGAUUACAUGGUGCUAUUACCUAGUGAUUACUAUGAAGCGUCCGUCUUGCAGUUACAAGUUACAGAGCCUUGCACUUAUUCAAGACGUGCUACAAGAGAUAACUGCUUACUUUAUCAGCAUUUGCCACUGGACAGAUUUUCCUGUGUCCUCAGUUCAGAGGCAACAUAUUUUAUGCAUGGGGGAGAAUACAGAAAAAUAGCUGUUCAACAGCCAACUCCUGAACAUCCAGUGAUGUCGCAUAUCUAUGGAAGAGAGAUCGAUUUACAGCUGAUACUGAACAUUCCCCAAGUUGGUCGCUACGCAGUAGUGCUUGAAUAUGCCAAUGAAGAUGAUCAGUUAUACACUGCUAAUGUGAUAAUAAACAGCCCUGAGCCAGUGAUGGAAGCCAGAGUGAACAUUUAUAGCUGUAAAUACAGCUUUCUUUGUCGUAGUGUGGUGGUUGAUAAUAUGAAUCGCAUUGCAGUCUUUGACCUUCUAGCUGAUGCAAAGUUGCAUCUUAUGGCAUCAUCGAUAAAUUUUCUUUUGCACAAAAUCUGUAUUAUACCAGCUGAAGAAUUUUCUCUAGAAUAUGUGGAUCCUGAAGUACUCUGCAUAGCUACUUAUCAAAGUUUUCUUAAUCAAAGUGCUUCAUGCAUUCCCUCAGUGUAUGGAACUCCGUUAAUGGCCUUGCUUUUGGACGUACUCAGGAAUGGGAAAAUUUCAGAAGUGCAGAGAAAUGUACUAUACGAUCCAUUGAGUGCUCCUUUACCUUCUGCUAACACAGUUAAAGGAGUAACCUUGACAUCGGUACAGAACCAGAUUACCUUGAGUGGGAGAGUGCCACAUGUGGGCAGAUAUGUAUUUGUUAUACAUUUUUAUCAGCCAGACCAUCCAACAUUUCCUGUGGAGGUACUUGUGGAUGGGGGACGUCCCUGGUCAGGUUUUGCCAAUGCUUUGUUCUGCCCUCAUGUGUUUGGCUGUCGAGACCAGGUGAUUGCAGAAAACCAAAUAGAACUUGACAUUCCUGGACCUGACAUCUCUGUUACUUUGAAGAUUCCCAAUGGCAAAACAUUGGUUUUGGAACAUGUUUUAGUCAUUCCGGCAGAUAGCUACAGCCCUAACAUUCUUCAAAUAAGAACUGUGGACAAGUCAUUUGAUUUUAUCAACCAAUGUGGAGGAAACAGUUUUUAUAUUGACCCAGUAACUUCACCAUCAUUUUGUAAGGAUUCUAUGAGAUCGCUGGUAGCUUUCUACAGCAAUGGAGCAUUGCCUUGUAAUUGCCACAGAGCAGGUUCCAUUAGCCCAACUUGCAACCCUUGGGGAGGACAGUGUGAUUGCAAAUCUAAUAUAAUUGGUCGUCAGUGUAGUAGAUGCCAAACUGGCUACUAUGGAUUUCCAUUCUGCAAAUUAUGCAACUGCGGUCGACGUCUUUGUGAUGACAUAACUGGUAAAUGUAUUUGCCCCCCUCAAACGGUGAAGCCCAAGUGUGAAGUGUGUGAGAAACGGUUCUUCAGCUACCAUCCUGUUGUUGGCUGUGAAAGCUGCAACUGUUCAAGCAAAGGAGUUGUGAAUGUGGCAAACCCAGAAUGUGAUAAAAGCAGUGGGCAGUGCAAAUGCAGGGCAGGAAUAACAGGGCGACAGUGUGACCGAUGUGCUCCUGGUUCUUACGGUUUUCCAGAUUGUGUUCCCUGUAACUGUAAUAGAGAUGGAACAGAGCCAAAUGUUUGUGAUCCACAGAUGGGAGUUUGUCUUUGCAAGGAGAAUGUUGAAGGUGUAAAAUGUAGUAUUUGCCGUCGAGGUUCAUUUUAUCUGAAUCCUUCCAAUCCCAAGGGCUGUACCUCUUGCUUUUGUUUUGGAGCAACGAACAACUGUCGCAGCACAAGUAAUCGUAGAACUAAGUUUUCUGACAUGAGGAACUGGCGCUUGGAGACAAUGGAUAAUAAAAUUGACGUUCCGGUAACUUUCAAUCCAGGCAGCAAUAGUGUAGUAGCUGACGUUCAAGAGUUACCUCCUUCUGUGCACCGUUUGUACUGGAUAGCACCACAGUCUUACCUAGGAGAGAAGCUUUCCUCAUAUGGUGGCUACCUGAGUUAUCAAGUGAAAUCUUUUGGCUUGCCUAGUGAAGGGAUGGUUCUUCUAGAUAAAAGGCCUGAUGUACAGCUAACAGGUCUGCAAAUGAAAAUAGUUUAUGUGGAUCCCAACAACCCUUUGCCUGACCGACAGUAUUAUGGCCGUGUUCAGCUACUCGAAGGAAACUUCAGACAUGCAAGCAGCAAUAACCAUGUAUCUAGAGAAGAACUGAUGAUGGUCCUGUCUAGACUAGAUGGCUUACACAUCAGAGGCCUUUACUUCACAGAGACUCAGCGGUUAACUCUGGGUGAGGUUGGGCUGGAAGAAGCCACCAGCACAGGAAGUGGAAGCAUUGCAUAUAAUGUAGAGACAUGCUCCUGCCCCCCUGAGUAUGUAGGUGACUCAUGUCAGGAAUGUAGUUCUAGAUUUUAUCGUGAGAAUAAAGGAUUAUUUACCGGACGCUGUGUUCCCUGCAAUUGCAAUGGAAAUUCCAAUAGAUGCCAGGAUGGUUCUGGAAUAUGUAUUAAUUGUCAACAUAAUACUGCUGGGGAGAAGUGUGAACGCUGUAAAGAAGGUUACUUUGGAGACGCCACACAGGGUUCCUGUAGGGUGUGCCCCUGCCCUUAUACAAACAGUUUUGCAACUGGCUGUGUAGCAAAUGGUGAAGAAGUUCAAUGUCUAUGCAAAAAAGGUUAUUCUGGAAUUCAUUGUGAAAGCUGUGCUCCAGGAUAUUUUGGGAAUCCAUUAAAGUAUGGGGGCUACUGUCAGAAGUGUAAUUGCAAUAAUAAUGGUCAACUGAUGAGCUGUGAUCGUCUGACAGGAGAAUGCUUAAACCAUGAACCGAAAGAUGUGGAUCCCAAUGAAGAUUGUGACACUUGUGAUAGUUGUGUAAUUACUUUGCUGAAGGAUUUGGACACAAUGGGUGACGAGCUUCUGCUGAUUAAGUCUCAGCUGCAAAAUGUCAAUUCAAGUGCCCACGCACUGGAGCAGAUGAGACACUUGGAAACGCGCAUCAAGGACUUAAGGGCAUUGCUGCACAGUUACCGUUCAGUUGUUCUAAGUCAGGGGUCAAAAGUGGCUGAUCUGGACAUGGACUUUAUUAAACUUAACCAAGAUAUAAAUGAUCUACAAGGAAAGGCUGAAAUGAAUUACAGGAAAGCCGAAGUGUUGUUUAAUAAUUUUGGUGAGACAAAUCAAAGAGGAAAAGAUUUGCUUUCAAAGGUACAAAUUGCCAUCAGCAAUAUUCAGGUGCUCCUGGAGCAGAUAGCUAGUAUGAACAGAGGAGAUAACACUUUGCCCUUUGGGGAUGCCACCAAAGAACAGGCUGAAGCAGAACAGAUGAUGAGAGAGAUGAGAAGCCGCAACUUUGAUCAACUGCAAAUAGAUGCAGAGAGGGAGAGGAGAGAAGCUCAACUCCUACUGAAACGUGUCAGGAAGGAACUACAAAAACACCAGCAGGAAAAUAAUGGACUUAUUAAAAUUGUAAGAGAUUCAUUAAACGAAUACGAAUCCAAACUCAGUGAUCUUCAGGAAGCUCUGAAUGAGGCAAAUGGACAAACUAAGCAGGCUCAGAAUUUAAACAGAGAAAAUGGAGUGCUCUUGGAAAGCAUUAAGAAACGGAUUGCAGAGAUGAAUAGACAACAGAAUGAUAUCUUGGAUCUUCUUAGGUCUACCCAGUCUUCUGUGACUCAAACGAACAGUAUAUUUGGAUUACUGCGGAAAAGCAAAGAGGAAUAUGACAUUCUAGCUGCCAAACUAGAUGGAGCAAGAAAGGAUUUGAAUGAAAAACUAAAGAACCAUUCCUUGUCUGCCAGCAAAGAGCCUCUUGUGGUGAGGGCAGAGGAACACGCCAAGUUUUUGCAAGACCUGGCAAGACAACUGGAUGAAAUUAAGAGAAAUGCUAGUAAUGACAAGCUUGUUAGCUGUGCUAUGGAAGCUGCCACUGCCUAUGAAAAUAUCAUUAAUGCUGUCCAAGCAGCUGAGGAAGCAGCUAACAAAGCCAAAAAUGCAGCUGAUUCAGCUUUACUGACUGUGGAGAGAGAAGACCUAGCAGGCAAAGCUACAAAAUUAAAAGCUGAAAGCGGCACUCUGUUGAAUCAAGCACAGGUGGCACAACGGACAUUACAAGAUAUUAAUCCAACUCUUGAAGACGUAAAAAAGAGACUUGGAGUUGUUGAAGGGAAGAAGAGUACGCUACUGAGUGAUCUCCUUACUUCUCAGAGUAGUCUCAGUGGAAUAAACAGAGAUGACAUAGAUAGCACCAUCACCCAAGCAAAGAAUAUGGUCAAAAAUGCCACUGAUGUCACUGCUAGUGUAUUGGAUGAACUAAACCCAAUUAAAGCAGAUGUAGAAAAAAUAAAGGGCAGCUAUGGAAGCAAACAAACCACUGACUUCAACAAAGCUUUGACAGAAGCAAACAACUCAGUAAUGAAAUUAACAAGCAAGCUCCCGGAUCUGUUUAACAAGAUUGAGAGCAUCAACCAACAGCUGAUGCCUAUAGGCAACAUAUCUGACAAUGUGUACCGCAUACGAGAGCUCAUUCAACAGGCUAGAGAUGCUGCAAACAAGGUUGCUAUUCCAAUGAGGUUCAAUGGCCAUUCUGGAGUAGAGGUUCGAGCACCAAGCAACCUUGAUGAUUUGAAGGGCUACACAUCCCUUUCCUUCUUCCUCCAAAGACCUCGAUCAAGGCUGAAUAGUUCAAAAAUGUUUGUGAUGUAUCUGGGUAAUGAGGAUGCUUCCAAGGACUACAUUGGUAUGGCUGUAAGGCAUGGUCGUCUCAUUUGUGUUUAUAAUCUGGGAGGCAAUGAGGCUGAAAUAGAAGUAGAUCCUUUAGUAACUGAGAGUAACCCUGAAGAAGCUAUUUUGGAUCGAGUAAAAUUUGAAAGGAUUUACCAGUUUGCCAAGCUGAACUAUGUCAAAGCGGCCACAGCAAUGCCGAAAGACAAAGGGAAUUUUGACAAUAGUAGUGACAACAGUCACACUCUCCUAAAUUUGGAUCCCGGCAACGUUGUAUUUUACGUUGGAGGAUACCCACGUAAUUUUACGCCUCCCAGAGAACUAGAUCAUCCUUACUAUGAAGGCUGCAUUGAAUUAGACAGCCUAAAUGAAAACAUGAUUAGCCUGUACAACUUCAGGAGAACGUUUAAUCUCAAUACCAUGGAAGUGCGGCCAUGCAGAAGAUAUAGGGAAGAAUCUGAUCAAAUUUAUUUUGAAGGAACAGGCUAUGCACGUGUAACAUAUGAAGAAAUAAAAAUCCAUUCUUUACUCUAUGAACAGACAAUUCAGACUACUUCAGAUGAAGGAGUAGUGUUUUUUGCAGAAAACCAGGAUCACUUCAUUAGUGUGAUCAUUGAAAAUGGCCACCUAGUGUUCAGAUACAAACUUGACUCAGAACCAGCAAAGGAAGUUGCAAGAAAUACAGCAGUUGUAAAUGAUGGAACAUAUCAGCAAAUUAAGUUAUACAUCUGCAUGAAAUAUAUUCAAAUUAAUACUGAUAUAAAAGUCAACGUAAGUGUCUUCCAAUUCGCCACAUACUACCUGGGAGGACUUCCAUCUUCUCUACGGGAACGCUUUAACAUCUCCACAUCUCCAUUCCGUGGGUGCAUGAAGAAUGUGAAAAAUCCCAGACAUGCAUCUGUAACUUUUGAUCAGACUGUUGGUGUCAGUAAAAAGUGUUCUGAUGAUUGGAAGCUUGUGAGAUCUGCAGCUUUCUCUAGGAAUGGAAUUCUGAGUUUGAAUGCCCAGGGUUUUCCAUAUCCCAGUGAUUUCCAAGUUGGAUUUGGCUUUCGUAGCUUGACACCCUCUGGAAGGUUACUAUAUUACAAUUUAUGGAACAAUAUUCUUGAAGUUUACUUGAAAGAUGGAUUUAUAGUCGUAAGUAUGGCAGAUGAGGAAAAACAAUCCAGUGCAAAAUAUGAAGCUGGUUUGAUGCAUUAUGUGUCAGUAAUAAAAACUGGUGACAACCUAAAGCUGCUGUUUGAUGACCAGCCUGUGUUGAUGACAGUGGAACCUCAAGGAACACGUAGAUUAAGCCAACCUAUACAAUUGGGUGGGGAUAACUUUGAAGGUUGCAUCUCCAAUGUCUUUAUACAAAGGACGGACCAUCUCCCCCAAGUUCAAAAUUUAGUUAAUUAUACUAAGAAGACACGUGGUGUAUUGGUGGGAACCUGCAGCACAUAUGAGCAACGUCAGCCAUUGAUGGUGAAAGACUUAGUGGUUCUUAAUGGCUAUAGGAUGUUCAAGCUACAGAAAGAAAAGCACCUUGCUUAUAUGACAGAUACUGAAGUGCAGCAAGACCAGCAAAGCUGCGUUUCACCUACUCAGUUAAAUGUCAUCAAAGGAGCUUAUCAGUUUGGCAACACACCCAACAGUUUCUUGUUGUAUACACUUUCCCAACCAUCACUUCUAGACAGGUUACAUUUUUCUGUAGAAGUGCAGACUGCAUCUUCAGGAGGAUUGAUAUUUUUUAUGGGGGACAAACCUGAGAGCUCAUACAUGUCUCUUCACAUUUCAAAGGGACGUUUUGUCUUUUCAUUCGGUGCUGGAGGAAAGAAAAUAAAAAUCAAAAGCAAAGCAAAGUAUGAUGGACAGUGGCACACUGUGGUAUUCAGUAAGGAUGGAAAGAAUGGCCGCCUUGUUAUUGAUGGUCUGCAUGCCCGGCAAGGAAGCCUGGCAGGUGAUUCCACCUUUAGCAGUAAUUCAGUAAUCUACCUGGGAGGGAUUCCAUCAUUGAAACCACAGAGUAUACCAAGAAACAGUUUUGUGGGUUGCCUGAGAAACUUUAAGAUGAAUGGAAAGCUUAUGGAUACAGCUCAUCAGAACAAUGGUGUUCCUCCAUGCCUGAAUGGUUCUUUGGAGACAGGGAUCUAUUUUUUUAAUGAAGGUGGUCAUAUCAAAAUUGAUAACUCUUUUGUGAUGGGCUUGGAAUUUAAGAUCAUAUUUAAUGUCCGCCUAAGAAGCCUAACAGGUGUACUCCUCCAUUCUGGAAGCAAGCAAGACAGCUAUUUAGCUGUUUAUAUGGAAGCAGGAAAGCUCACAGCCUCUGGAAAGAAUGGUGCUAGAGAAUUCAAGACAUCAGUCACACUUGAGCAGUCACUGUGCGAUGGGGAGUGGCAUUCCAUUUCAGUAACUCAGAAGCAGAACAUUGUGCAGCUAGAGGUGGAUACCAAGAGUAACUACACUGUUGGAUCAUCAGCCUCACUUUCCAAACACAUGGGUCAUCCACUUUAUUUUGGAGGACUUCCAGCAAAUUUAAAAACACCAUGGCUUCCUGUGCAGGACUCGUUCACUGGCUGUGUAAAGAACAUUAACAUUAAUGACAAGUCUGUCUCUGUCAGCAAAAUGUCAGAUGUUCACGGUGUAGUCAGCUUGCAUGGAUGCCCUGUCACUUAACUUUACCAUUUCUUGUUAAGGGAAUUACUUGUACACUCAUUGGAUUGAAUCUCCAGAUGUACUGUGUGUAUUAAUGCAAUAUGAGUUCACAUUUGCUGAUCACUGUGUGACUCUUGUCAAUCAUAUUGUUAAAAAUGACUUAUGAAUUCUUCUGGAAUUGUGGACUGUGCCAAAGCUAAUUGAAAGUGUUGGCUUUGUAAGAUUCCUUAUUAAAUUGUAUUGCUUUCCAAGGUAAUUCAUUACAUGUGUGAGAUAUAUACAUAAAAUAUAAAACGGAAUUGUAUAUACACACUGUAGGCCAAAUCCUGCUUUAGCCACACACAGGUAUAAUGAGAAUAACUCCAUUGACUUAACUUGAGAAAUGUGGAUAUAUGCUGGUCACAGUGGGAACAGAAUCUAGCCUAAUAUAAAGAAUUUUAUAAAAAUAUAAAUGUCUUUGGGUUGAUAGACCUAAUGUUUAUACUUAAAUGUACAUUAACGUGAAAAAUAGUAAUAAUAUAAAUGGAAUUUGAAGCACUUUAAAGAGUGGAACUCUGGGAAUUUGUUGCAGUGCUAAGAGUUCUGGGGCCAAAUAAAUGCAAUAUACUCUAAACAUCUUCCAUAAAUAAAAUUAAAGUCUUUAUUUGGUUGUUAAGACAGUUUUUUAAUGGGACCUCCUCUUUUCAUCUUGUUGCUUAUAUGUGGCCAGACCCUGCUUGCCUCAUGCAAAUAGACCUACUGCCUUCCAUGACAUGAGCUGUCUGCAGAAACAGAGCAAAACUGGUUUCAGAUUCUGUGCUCAGGAGGAUUGAGAUGCAUGAAACACUUCUGAUAGCAAAUUUCUCCCUAUUGAUUUCAAGAACAGGAAUGAUACUCAGUGUGUUUUCCUAAUGAAGUAAAGACAAGAUAGAUUAAUGAAAUUAGACAGGUGUAGGUCAACCAGGUGCCCAAGGCAGUUGCAAUAGAUGGAGGCAGCAGUGACUUCGGGGCUGCAGCUGCUAUUUUUCUGUCCCUCCUCAAGUUGGUGCCAGAGGCUGCUACCCGAGUUGCUCUGCCUUAGUUACACUGCUGUAAUCAGGGCUGUCCAACUGGCACCUCAGGAGCCACCUGCAGCCUGCAACUAUGAAUGCCCAGCCUGGCUCCAGCCCAAGUGCUGCUCCUCCUACUGCAGGGUCUCAGGGCUCCCCCUACUUCUUCCAGCUUCCCCACUCCUGCCCCUGCUCCUGGAAGAAAGGGGGUUUACAGCCUGUGGCCCUGGAUGUGCACCCCCUGGCUGCUCAGAAAUUGGGGAGCCCUGAAGUAAAUCAAAAGAGCAAAACACAUUCUACAGCUGAUCUUCAGCUUCUAAUAUAUGUAAAAAAAAAUGUUAUUGUUACCUUUUAUAUCUGUAGCAAGUUUUCCCUCAAAUUCUUUCCUAGUUCAUCUUACUACAGUUUUACAUUUGAUUUGGCAGAGUUUGUACUCUUUUAUUUUCCUCAUUAGGAGUUGCCUGCCAUCUCUUGAAAGAAGUCUUUUUUCUGUUCAUUGCUUCUGCAGUUGUGCCAUUAAACCAUGCUG